ACAGAGCUUGUGAAUGUUCUUUAUUCAUGUAUCUUGGUACAACUUGAAUAAUAUAUAAUGUUACCGCAACAAAGCUUGUAAAUGUUUCGUUAUCGUGUAGUUUGGUACAAGUUUAAUAACACCAUAAGGCAACCGCUGCAGACACUGUAUGUGUUUUCUAUUCUUGUAUCUCGAUUCAAUUUGAAUAACAUAUGGUAAAAGCUACAGAGCUUCUAAAUGUUGUGUCUUAAUGUAUCUUGGUACAACUUGAAUAACAUAAGGUAACCGCUAUAGAGCUUUUUAAAUGUUGUCUUAAUGUAUCUUGAUAAAACUUGAAUAACAAUGCAGACCUGGCAAAUUCCAAAAUAUGUUCCUUACAUGAUAUAAAUAAAAGUGUGACAAGAAUAAUUCUAUCCGCGACAUGGCGCAACAAGUAAAGUAUAUAUUAAACAUUGUAUUACUAAUUUUUGGAUUGUCGAUUUUGUAAUCACAUCAACGUAUGGACGGUCAACGAUUCUACCCAUGUGCCCGCCCUUACCUGAAAAAUAUUCAGAUAAUAGGAGGGGCAUAUGGGGUCUUUAACAGCCGUUGCAAAAGUCAAGAUAUGAUCCAAGCCGAGACAGACAGCGACUGAAAAAACGAAACGAACGAACAAACAAAACAAAACAGAAGUAAUUAACUAAAGCUGUUGUCAUGUCAAUGCGGAUUCGAAUCUUAUCUACUUCUUACAUAUUUUGAUUAAAGAUAGAUAUCGGGCAUUUUUGAUAUCUGUUUUAAACGAUGUGCCCAUAUAGUAAGGAGUUUCAUUGGAGUUUGGUAGGGUUUGUUUGUAUAUAUGUCUAAUGAUAUGCCUUAUUUUGCAGCUUUUUUAUUUUUUGAAAAACAAGAAUUUCAAUACCUUUUGCUUUUACGAACUGAUCAUAAAUACUUGAGAAGAUAAUUGUAAUAUAAAGUUAAUUAAAAAUCAAAUUAUUGCAAUAUGUUUUAAAGAUAAUAUGAUUUUUGUUUUGUUUUGAAAAAGUGUAUGUAUUCAGCUGGAAAUGGAGUGCACUGAACGACUUUUAAUAAACAUUUUGUUAACAGUUUUGUUUUUAAAUAUCUGUAAAUGUUCCGUUUUACGGUGAAGGGUGCAGUAUGUUUGUGUAAUUAGUGAAAUUUCGUUUGAUGUCCUUGGGCAUUUUAUGACAAAGGUUUCACUGUUCCAGUUGAGGUGUUUUGUCAGAGUUUACUUCAAUCUACAAUAUAGAAUAUCACAUGGCACAAAAGGUUUUCUUGAUGUGUAACAGUAUGCGUGAUUAACAUAAAAUAUCGAAAUUCUCCAUUUACCAUGCUUCGUUAAUUGGUUUUGUAAUAGUGUCAAAGUUGUUUUGCAAUUAAUUAUUUAAGACACAAUCAGGUCAAGUAUUAUAAUUAUAUAUUUGUAAUUAAUGCUUAAAAAAGAACACCAACUUCUACUUUCUCUUUAAUAAAUUCUGUAAAAAGUUUGUUUUAGACAUAGCGUCAAAGUAUUAUAUAAUAUUAUAAUAAUUACAUAUGGUCUUUAUUUAUGUAAUAUAUGUACAUUUAUACUGAUAUUUCGAUAACUUUAUUAUUAUACUAUAUACAUUGUUAAAAGGUUUAUAUGACCUAGUAUAGUGAUAACAAUAAAGGUGUCACCCACAAUGCCUAUAUCAAUUGUAUGUGCCCGUCGUUAACUGAACGACGAGCCAAAAUAUUUUGGCAGCAGUUCUAAUCUGUAAUCUUCAUUUGUCUUAACUCCGACAAAUUUUGCAAAUAAAAGACCCGAUUCUAAGGACGUUGUACGCGGUCAAUUUAAGGCCUUGCCUCCAAUUCAACAAAAUCGGACACGUAAUGAUCUUUCCACAGUUUUUGAAGCAGAACCUUGGACGGAUAACAGAAACCCGCCACUAGCACACGAUACGGAAUAUAAGCAGAAUUUUUAUUUAGGACGGGAUUCUGAGAACGGAAUGGAUCACUAUAAUUCAGGCGGUCAAAAGGAUUUUCAUUAUGUGUCCGAGUCUGAGCAAAAAAAUCUGUUUAUGCUACUUCCCAGAAAUGUGCUUUUACCAGUGGAUCCAAUCAAAUUGACUCGCGAUCAAGAGGCCACUCUGUGUAAAUUAAUUUGUAAUGAAUUGAAUAGAUUCGAUCCUAAGGAGUUACGGGAUGUGUACAUUGAAUGCAGCCAGCAUGAUAAGGAAUUGCGUGGAUUCUGUGGAAUAGAAAUAUUGGAUAACAAUCUUCGAAGACACAAGGCAUUUCUGGCAGAUACUCUAAGAAUAGCCGCAGCUCAAUUUGUGGAUCCAAAUUACCCCGGCAAAGUGAAUUAUGAGAAAACGUUAUCCUUGAUUGGGUCAGCGCUGAAUCUUAAUGCGACAGGACAAUUAGAUAAACGGCUAAAUCAGCCUGCUCCAAAACAGGAAGUAUUGGUUGACACUGAUAAAGAUGUUCAAAACAGGUCUCAGGAAAGGCAGCCUAAGUACUACAUGCAAAAUGGAGAAUCAUUUAAAACUGGUUCAAUAUACCGCGACCGAGAGGUUGCCAAACUUUUACGCAUGGUUGAGCAAGAGCUGUCGAAAAACACUUACGCGAUGGACUGGACUCGGUGGCAAAACAGCUUCUAUGAACGAGACAGGGAUCAUCGGGAAACGCUGUCCGCUGCUCAGAUAAAGGAUAUUUGCUACGAUCAGAAGUUACCCCUGUCAGACUCUCUUAUUAACCAUAUACUGAAUCUGUGUGAAGAUAACAACCGGGAUGGCCAGUACAGAUGGCACUCCUUCUUGGAGUUUUUGAGCCGUGUACGUCCGUCAAACACCGGCCUACCGAUUCCAGUAAGUAAACGUCCCCUGGAGUACGCCAAACACUAUCCCGCACCCGUGCCAAACUGGCCCCGAACAGACGCAGAUACAGAGAGACGAGGAACCUCGCCACGACGAGAUAUUUCGCCCAUGCGUGGUCAAAUUAGGCAAGAUGAAAGGAAUGAAACCCCAGUAAUGAGAGUAACCUCACCUAAAGAACGGAAGGAAAAGAAAGACGAAGAUAAUAGAAUAUACACUGCCGAAGCAGACUUCGAAAACAAAGGGUUUAGCAGCACAAAUGCAAAAAGUGUCCAAUAUUAUGCGCCAAAGUAUAAGUAUAUUAUGGAAGCAAGCUCCCCAGAUAGGUACAGAUCACGUGACCGCACACCACCUCAAAGAGAUUCAUAUCAGGAAAGAUCCCCAGUGCCAAACCUUAGAUUAAACUCGCCAUCGCCUGUCAACAAAAGCCCACCACCAAGUCCCAGAGACCGAUACAGACCUCAGCGAUACCAGCGCGAAGUGUUUCCUCUAAGAGAAGAUAAUGACUUUUACAACAAACAAGUCAAAGACCGAAAUUAUAACAAUAGGUUUAAUAGAUAUGAAGACGACUAUAAAAGAUCGCAUUGCGACAUUUAUGAAGACGAUAAAUGGAAUACACAGGGCUAUGACAGAAGGAGAUCCUACGCUGAGAGUCCAAGUGGUUAUCAACCAAGCUGGCAACAAAAUGCACAACAGAGAUCCACCUCACCUCCGUACCCAAGAAGAAUAAAUGAGAGAGAUCGAUAUAGACGAGAAGAGAGACCUGAAGAUUCACCAUAUGAAGGCCAUUGGAAGAACUGGGCAUAUAGAAGUAACAGAAAACCAAGAGCUUUACAGCGAGUUCCAAGUCGUUACGAGAGACCUAAAUCCUACGCCGAGCCUCAGAGGAAAACGUCUUUCCCAAACCUUGAAGAACAGCGUAGACGACCUUUUUCGUAUCGAGACGAGCUAAGAAUAGCAGACCAGUAUUAUGGAAGACCUCCGUCACGUCUUCAGACUCCACUCAGAAGAACCCAAAGUCUUUCACCAGUCAGAAACUUGUCCCCAAUAAGGGGACAGCCUGUCCCUUACACAUACAGAGAUGCCUAUGGUGCUCAAUCAUAUAGGGAUUACAAUAGGCAGCAAUACCCAUAUGAACAAAUGGGGUCUUACAGUUAUAGAUACAACGAUCGUGACAAUUACCAGCAACAGCAGAUGCCACAGCAGCAGAUGAUGCAACAGCGUGAAGGCAGGGAUUCUUUCCGUGAAGGAAACAGGCAAGGUGGUGGUGGUAGGGGCCGUGGCGACGAUACACAUAGAUCCAGGGAACAACAAAUCAUGCAACUAUCAACUCAGCUUCAUGAUCUGGAAUCCAAAUACGAAGUGACAAAAGAGGCAAUGAGCAGUAGGGACAAACCAUGGUUGGAUCGGUAUCUAAAACUGGCACAGGCUUUGUAUGACAGUGAUAUAUCAUAUAAAGGAAGUCUCCCGAGGAAAGAUGUGAUGGACAUCGUCAACCAGUACAACAAUGCCUUCAAUCUGAACUUAGACAUGACCCGUGCCAACAUGCUGUCAAUAUCGCCAGAAAAUCUUGAUAAGUCUGGAAACAUCAUACUCCGUUCUUUCCUCGCCAAUCUCUCCUCUGACAGAAUAUCAUACAAGGUGUAGACAAUGACAACGACCAAUAGGAUGUGGUUAACAAACUGUUUUUCUAGUAUAAUUCCUAGAACCAUUCCACAAUCAAUAAGAUAAAGAGAUGUUUCAACUGAACAAGACAAAUAAAGUGAUUAGUAAAAUGGCAGAGACUAUCGGACAUUACUGAACAAACUAUGUUAUCUUCUAGAAUCAUAAACUAUGAUGACAAGGCCAAUAGGCGAUAGUUAAUCAGACUGUAAUGUUCUUUUAUGUAACUUCUAAAACCAUUUCCUUAGAACAAUUGACGAGAAAAGCAAUUUACAAAUUAUGGGAACUUGUUUGCCUUUAAACAGUCAGUCUCUCUUGUCCGGUACCAAGAAAAGAAGUAUUUCUGUAUACACGCGCAGACUUAAGAAAAUAUCUUAUACUUGAUGGAAGUACUUGCCCAUUAGAAUAGUGAAAUCUAUGUAAUCUUUUAAAAUAAUUUGGCAAGUUUUUAAAUAUUGUAGCACAAAUUUCACUAAAGUUGUCCCUUGCCAAUCAAAAUUUUAGAAUCAAAAUUAACAUAAACGUAGCCAACAAGUUGAGGUUUAUUGCUGUCACAUAAAUAUGAUAAAUUAGGCUGCAUAAAGAUAAUCGGGUCAAAGUCUACGCAGCUUUACAUAUUCAUUAAAACUACGGAGAUCCAUUUCACUGCCUCUUUUGUCUCCUUUUGGAAUUGUUACUCCAUUAAAUGAUAAUUUUGUGCCGUUUAGGAAUAGCUUGUUUCCAAUCAGAUGUUAUUUAUUCGAAGACUUGUAUAAUUAAUUGAACCCUUAAGAUUACUUUAUGUAUUCGAGAUACGUUUUCGUUUUAUGUGCACUGUUGUUCCGAAAUCUGGGGAUACACUGAACUAAGCUACACGAAUGCCAAACCAUAUCCUUUAAUAGUCAUUGUCGUUUGUGUUAUUAUUUAAUACUAUAUCAGUAUGUAAUUAACAUGUUAUAUUUAGUCAAUACGCCUGUGAUAGAUAUGUCCGUCCUCAUGUUUUUUAUGAUAUUUUACAUGUAAAGUGUGUAUUUAAGUUAUGUAAUAUUUUGUAUAAUGACUGUGAUAUCAUCGCUUAACUUGUUGAAAUUAAGAGAUUUAGUUUUGGAAGAAGUACUAUGACAGAUCAAUACUUUGACACGAAUGACAGGGGUAAUCUUUUUUUCGAAGGUGCAAAAGUUUGUUUAUUUUCGAGUUUCGUUUUCGAUUUCUUUCAAAAUGUUUUUUUUUCCGAAAAAGUCAGAAAUUUGUUAUUCUUUUAAUAUUUGUUAAUAAACUGGCACAUUUUGCGCAACCUGAAACUUUCAUAAAUAUUGUUGAAACUCGGUAUCCCAAACUCACUUAUAUUAAAAUUCUCGGCCAUCUAAACACACCUUCAAGACCCGUCCCGAAAACACUUGCACAAAAUAUACCGUUUUAAGUCAAAUUUCUCUUGAAAUAAAACGGUCGAUCCCUAGGAAUUUGAGAUACCGAGUCUCAACUGUAUAUGUGAAAGGAGCAAAUGGCAAAAACCAUAGGCAUGAAAGAAGGAAAAUGUCAAAUUCAUGUGUACAAGUGCCUAUGCGAAGUUAAAGAAAUUUACAUUAAGAAUAUUUUGAAAAUUUACAUUCACUUAAGGCUGCAAGCAAAAUACAUCUAAAUAACAGUAUUGUCCAUUUCUGCUAUUAGGAUUAAUAUCCUAGAAUUUGUUUUCUCAGGUUAAUAGUAACAUUUCAAUUGACAAAAGAAUAUUUUCUAUGUAGCGCUGACAUAUAAGUAAAAAUACCAAAAUGUACAAUUUGAUUCCAAAAGUAUCAAGAUUAUUAUUUAGGAGCCGUUAUUUGCUUACACACUUUUGUUGUACUUUUAAUCCGUUGGGAAAAGUAAAGCUGUAUUUACUGUAAUAAUAUCCCUUCUAUUACCAUUCUGUGUUGGCACAGGCUCAAUCAAACCGAGCCUGCAACAUUUUCGUUUAUGGCGUGUUGGGCAACCUGUAAUUUUUCACUUUUUUAUUGUCUUAUACAUAAAGAGGGUUAUUGGUUUGAUAAAUACAAUAUGUUCCAUCUUAUUUAUUUCAUUGGCAAAUAUUUAUUUUUAUGUGUAUCUGUUUCAUUUUGUAAGAGAAAUAAAUAAUAAAUGUAGUUUCUUAAAA